AUGGGGCGAUCAGCAGGAUGGCGGCGCAGUUUGUUUUACUUGCCAUUCGGCCGGUUCAUGUGCGGCAAGUCCGGGCUGAAGGGUUACACGUCGAUGGUGAAGCUUCAGUACGGGCUCUCUCUGCACUGGAAGGCCACCAAGGGCAAACACAUCAACUUCGCCAUCCAAGCGCGCCCGGGUUCCGCGGCGCAAAAGGCGGGCUGGUUUGCCGUCGGCUGGUCGCCGAACGGCGACAUGGGCGGCAGCAACGUGGUCGCGUACGAGACGGGCACGGCCACCGCGUCGCCGUACGAUCUCCAAGGGGAAUCCGCCGCCGUCGCCGCCACGUCGUGGGCGCCCGGAUCGGUGGAUGUUACCACCGGCAAGAAGGGCGGGAUUAUCGUCAAGUUCACUCGCUCGCCCAAUGACGGAUCAUCUGUGAAGGUGCGGAACAGCGGGGGUGCCCACGUCGUGUUCGCAUACGGCCCCGACUCUAACGUCGCGAUGCACACUGAUGCGGAGCACACAGUGGCUGAUUUUUCCUGUGGCUGCGGGCUCCUUAGGACUGGCUGCUGA